GUUUUAAAAAGAAGAAGCAGCACGAAAGAAUAGAAGAAUCAGAAAAACUACGAAAAAAAUUUUUAAUUCGGUUUUUGAUUUUUUGAAAAUUUUGCAUUAUAUUUUCCCUUUUAUUUUGUUAUUGAAGUCAUACAAAAUACAAGUUUUUUACAUAAAAACUUUCCAACAAAAUUGUCAAAGAAAACGUUAAAAAUAAAUUAAAACAAAUGUCAUUACAACAUCUACUAUUUUUAUGAAUUUUAAACAUAGUUUACGUAAAAAACAAGCAUUCACUUUAAAUAUAAAAAACAACCAAUCCUCCGAAAAGAAUAAAAACGAAUUUGUUUUUGCAACCAAUUCUUCCAAAUAUGGACUUAUCAUCAUCGAGUUCUUCAACCUCCACCAAAACAUAUACGACAGCGACCGAUCUAUCACAGAGACAAACGCCAAAUCAAAUUGAUAAUGCCGAAACAAACAAGAGUACAGGUACAAUCAAUAACGAUGACACCGCCGGCAGUUAUAGUUUAUAUGACAGUGCCAUGGACAAUAGUCUAACAACUUUUGUUUCCUUUAGUGAAAGUGCCAACAAUAACAGUUCUUUAAAUUCCACCACAAACAGUAGUACACCCAAGACCACAACAUCGUCCAGUGAUAACUUUUCUCAUCUAAAUUCAUCCGGAUCAUCAUCUAUAAAUGAUUUUGAUACAACGAUAAAUGGCAGUGAAAUGGAAGAGGAUGAUAUCACAAGGACUACUUCUACGGCAACUUUAACUGAUGCAGCAACAGCUGCCACCUCUAAUACUACUGCCUCAAAUAAUUAUGAUUUUGGGCCUAAUUAUAAUAUUUCAAUGUCACAUAAGCCAGUUGAUCAUUAUGCUAAUAAUGCAAAUGCCAGCAUGUUAUUCAUACAAUCGGAGAGUACAGAGACCAAUACUUCUCAGGAAGAAGUCGAUCCUAAAUCUCAAUUAGCAAAUAAGACAAUAUUCAAAACAGAUAAUCCCAAUUUGUCAAUUAUAGAAAUUAACGAGAAUUCCAUUAAAGAACAGGAUAUUGAAAAUUCUGUAUUGGUUAUUGAGACUUCAUCUGAUGAUGAGGACACCGAUAAUCUUAAAAAGCAGCAGGGUAGUAACAUCACCAAUAUGACUGGAGCUAUGAGUUCUUUACCUCCCAAUGUUACAUCGUCUAAUAAAAAUAUUUCGCCCAAUAAAUUGCCAGCAGAGAAUGCAGCUGAAAAGAGACGCAGAAAAGCGGAAUCACUUAUACAUUCGAGUAAACAAAAACUAAAUAUUGCCAUUGCCGAGGCAUCGGCCGCUGAAUCAGCCUCACCAGCAGCUGUCGUUGGUGAAUCGGCUGUUGUUGGCAAUGGUAUACAGCCAGUGACUAAACGAGAAAUAAAAAUUUAUGACAGUCUUGAAGAAUUCGAAAAGAAUUUGCCAUCGACGGUUACUGUGCUGGACACACCGUUCGGAAGUAAAGUGUAUUUGGUGGGUACAGCUCACUUUAGUGAAGACUCACAGGAUGAUGUAUCAUUUGUUAUUCGUAAUGUCCGUCCAGACGUUGUUAUGGUCGAAUUAUGUCCAUCACGUAUACCAAUUUUAAAACUUGAUGAAAAAACCCUUUUAGAAGAAGCCAAAAAUUUCAAUAUAGCAAAAAUUCGCAAUAUAAUACAAUCGCAUGGUUAUAUUAAUGGUAUAUUCUUCAUUUUACUAUUGCAAAUGAGUGCACAAAUUGCCAAAGAUUUAGGCAUGGCACCCGGUGGAGAAUUCCGACGUGCUUUUGAAGAGAUUCACAAGUUACCCGGCUGUAUGCUACAUUUAGGUGACCGUCCCAUACGCAUAACAUUACAUCGUGCAUUGAGAGCACUGUCCUUGUGGCAAACAGUGAAACUUGUAUGGCGUCUAACAUCCACAGACACCAUAAGCAUUGAAGAAGUUGAAGAGUGUAAACAACGAGAUCUGUUAGAGAAGUUAAUGCAAGAAAUGGCAGGAGAAUUUCCAGCCUUCUCCGAUGUCUUUGUUAAGGAACGUGAUUUAUUCUUGUGUCACUCUUUGCAAUUGGCCGCCUUGCCACAACCGCCAGCAGAUGGUGCUGGUCAACCCAAACCGGUUAGAGUAGUGGGUGUUGUGGGCAUUGGCCACGCCAAUGGUAUAGCCAAGAUGUGGGGUCAUGUUGAUCCCCAGACAAUACCAGCCAUUAUGGAAAUCCCACCGGCAAGUUUAAGUACGCGUAUCUGCAAAUAUACCUUUAAAUACGGUAUAAUUGGAUUAACCAUCUUUGGAGCCUUCAAAUUGCUUAGACCGCGUUUGGCUCGUUUUUAUUGAUUUUCAUGGCAGCUUAUUUUCACACAUACACUUUCCUAGAAAACGUUUUAGUGCAACGUUAUGCUUUUAAAAAACCAACCAACCAACAAACAAACAAAUAUAUAAAAAAUAACUAGUGUUUAUUCAAUAUUAUGGCAAUUUAUUUUUAGGCAUUAUAAUGCAAUAUUAUAUUUAUUUUUUAAUCAAAUUCAAUGAUGAAAUAUAUACGUAUAUAACAAAACUAAAGGAUAAAAUUCUUAAUUUUUCAUUAUCAUUUUAUUUUUCACAAAUAAAAAUACAAGAACAAGAAAUUAAAACCACUGAUGCAGCUGUAUGAAUAAGAAUAAAAAAAGAAAACAUUCCAUGAAGAAGUGAAAGAAAAA